AUGGUAGCUGAAGGCACAAUGCCAGCAAGAUUCCCACAGGAUAACCAACAACAAACCAGCAAUGGUGCUGUGAAUGGUAACUCUCCAUACUCUGGAAAAGAAGAGAUAGUCAUCAGUGGUAUUUCCGGACGUCUUCCAGAAUCAAAUUCAAUUGCAGAGUUCAGGGAGAAUCUGUAUGAUGGCCUUGAUAUGGUUACAGACGAUGAUCGUCGUUGGCCAGCUGGUAUGUAUGGCCUCCCAACAAGAACUGGUAAACUCAAGGGAUUGGAAUAUUUUGAUUCCAAUUUCUUUGGAGUGCAUGCUAAACAGGCUGAUGUUAUGGACCCACAACUGAGAUUACUUUUGGAAUCUACUUACGAAUGUAUUGUGGAUGCUGGCGUGAACCCAGAUGAUGUCCGUGGAACUAAAAUCGGAGUUUACAUUGGUGCAUCCAACAGUGAAACUGACGAUUAUUUGAGUAAACUGCCAGAACGUGUCAAUGGUUAUGGAUUGACUGGAUGUUGCCGGGCUAUGUUUGCCAACAGAAUCUCAUACACAUUUGAUUUUAAUGGACCCAGUUUUGCCAUAGACACAGCAUGUUCCAGCAGUUUGGUUGCAAUGUCACAAGCAGUGCAAGCUAUUGAAAACGGGCAGUGUGAUGCAGCUAUUGUAGGAGGCUGCAACUUAUUGCUGAAACCUACAACUUCAUUGAAUUUUCAUAGAUUGAGCAUGUUAUCGCCACAAGGAAUGUGCAAAGCAUUCGAUGUCACAGGAAAUGGAUAUGUGAGGAGUGAGGCUGUUGUCGCAGUAUUCUUGCAAAAGGCUAGUUUAGCAAAACGUAGUUAUGCCACCAUUGUGGGAGCACUUACUAACACUGAUGGAUUUAAAGACCAAGGAAUUACAUUCCCAAGUGGUGCCAUGCAAAACAAACUUAUCCAAGAAGUGUAUGCUAAAUGUGGUGUUAAUCCAGCUGAGGUAUCAUAUGUGGAAGCGCACGGAACAGGAACCAAAGUUGGUGAUCCACAAGAAGUUAAUUCUAUUGCUGAAUUUUUUACUAAAGAUCGUACCACACCUCUGUUAAUUGGUUCUGUUAAAUCAAACAUGGGCCAUUCUGAACCUGCUUCUGGUCUUUGUUCAUUAGCUAAAAUCAUAAUUGCCUUAGAAUCUGGAAAGAUUCCCGGAAAUCUUCACUUUGCCAACCCAAACCCUGACGUUCCAGCUUUAUUAGAUGGAAGAUUACAAGUUGUGAACAAAAACUGGGACUACAGCGGAGGCUAUGUAGCGCUUAACUCUUUUGGUUUUGGUGGCGCUAAUGCUCAUGUUUUAUUGAAGUCUAAUCCUAAGCCAAAGACUGCUCCAAUUCUUAAUAAUGUACCACGUUUGAUUGCCGUAUCUGGAAGAACAGAUGAUGCAGUGAACAACAUGUUAAAAAAAAUUGCUGAUACACCAUUAGAUGAUGGGUUUAAUGCUUUAUUACAUGAUAUCCAUGCUAACAAUAUUAGUGGACAUGGUUAUAGAGGAUACACAGUCCUUGGAAAAUCAAUCUCUGAAGUGACAGAAGUUAAGCCUUCUAAAAGACCAGUUUGGUUUGUUUUCUCUGGAAUGGGAAGUCAAUGGGCUGGUAUGGUUGAAGGGCUCCUUCAAUUGGAACCAUUUGCCAAGGCAAUUAACAGAGCUGCAUCUGUACUUCAAGUUGAAGGACUAGAUUUGCUAAGCAUUCUUAACUCAAAAGACGAAACAACAUUUGACAAUGUCCUCAACUCAUUUGUAUCUAUAACAUCCAUGCAGGUUGCUUUAGUCGAUUUAUUGAAAUCAAUUGGAAUUGAACCAGAUGGUGUCGUUGGCCACUCAGUUGGUGAACUUGGUUGUGCAUACGCUGAUGGUACAUUUAAUGCCGAUCAAGCAAUUUUAGCUGCAUUCUGGAGAGGUCGUAGCAUUUUGGAAUCUAAAUUGCCUCAAGGAUCCAUGGCUGCUGUUGGUUUAUCAUGGGAAGAUACUAAAAAACGAUUGCCUGUUGACUUGGUCGCUGCUUGUCAUAAUAGUGAAGAUAGUGUAACAGUGUCUGGCCCACCAUCAAGUCUUACUGCUUUUGUCAAAACUUUACAAGCCGAAGGAAUUUUUGCUAAAGAAGUCAAGAGUUCUGGAUAUGCUUUCCAUUCCAAAUACAUUGCUGAUGCUGCACCUAAGCUCCGUAACAGCUUAGAAAGAAUUUUACCGAAUCCAAAACCUCGUACCUCCCGAUGGAUCAGUUCUUCCAUUCCUGAAGCUUUAUGGAACACUCCACUUGCUCAAAUGAGUUCAACUGCUUACCAUGUAAACAACUUAUUGGCUCCAGUCUUAUUCCAUGAAGCUCUUGCUCAUGUGCCAAAAGACGCUGUUGUCAUUGAAAUCGCACCACAUGCAUUACUUCAAGCCAUUCUUAAAAGGGCAUUAGGACCUGAGUGCUCUUGUAUUGGUCUUACUAAGCGUUCAACAAACCCCGAGGGAAAUAUUUCUGUUUUGUUAUCAGCAAUUGGAAAACUGUACAAUGCUGGAAUUCAACCUAAAAUUAAAAACCUAUACCCAGCUGUCUCAUAUCCAGUAGCAAAAGGAACGCCUAUGAUUCAGUCAUUAGUCGAAUGGGAUCAUUCUGUUGAAUGGUUUGUUUCCGAUUUUGUUCAAAAGGAAGCUGGAUCCGGAGAAUCUGUUAUUAAAGUUGAUUUGAGUACAGAAGAAGACCAAUAUUUGUCUGGACAUGCCAUUGAUGGUAGAGUAUUAUUCCCUGCUACUGGAUAUUUGACACUUGUAUGGAGAACUUUUGCUAAACUUCAAGAUAAAAACAUCGAAGAAUUUCCAGUUGUUAUUGAAAAUGUACAAUUUUUACGUGCAACUAUAAUGCCUAAAGAUGGAAACGUUAACUUCCUCAUCAACAUUUUUGAAGGAACUGGCAAUUUUGAGAUUUGUGAAGGUGGCUCAGUUGCUGUUACUGGCCGGAUCUACAUUCCUGAUGAUAUUGAAACAGAACAAUUAGAAUUACCUGAACCAUAUGUCGACGAAAAUAAUUUAUCUCUUAAAUCGGCAGACAUCUACAAAGAUUUGGGAUUAAGAGGAUAUGACUACAAAGGAGUGUUCCGUGGAGUUAACGAAGCUGAUAACAAAGGCAUCAGUGGAAAACUGGAUUGGAUUGGAAACUGGAUCACCUACAUUGAUACGAUGUUGCAGUUCUCUAUUUUGGGUUUGAAAACUAAAGAAUUGUAUUUGCCAACAAGAAUGCAAAGAGUUAUUAUUGACCCAGCAAAACAUUUGGAAUUCAUUGAAACUUUACCAGAAAAUAGCCCUGUCCCGGUAUACAUGUACAGAGAUAUUGAUGUCAUCAAAUCUGGUGGUAUUGAAUUGCGUGGCAUGAAAGCAAGUUUGGCUCCAAGAAGACAACAAUCACAAGCUCCCCCUAAAUUGGAAAAGUAUACAUUUGUACCAUACAAUGCUGAUAAGGCUUCACCCGUAACAGACAUCUCAAGUGUUUUCGCUGCUUACCUCCAGAUUGCCUUGGAAAAUAGUGCUGGUGCAAUGAAAGUAAAAGUUGUUGAAUAUGGAGCAGACAAACCAUUUGAAGGAAUUUAUAUGCCUAAUGUCGUCAACAUUCUGGAAUCUGAACCUUUAAUAUCUUUGGAUGCAACCUUAGCUACCACUCAAAUACAAGCCUUGGCUCCAUUCUUGGGACCGAUGGAAGUGAAAAUGAUUGGAAAAUCAUUAGAAAAUGGUCCUAUUGAAUCUAACGCUCAUGUAGCAAUUGCUUUUGAUGUGUUACAAUCACAAAACAAAUUGAACAACUUGGCAGAGACAGUUAAAGAUGGUGGCUUUGUCCUUCUUUCUGAAUCUAGUAAUGCGUCUCAAAGCCUCAUUGAAAAUAGUAAUCUUGUGUUUAUCAGCAAGUUAUCUGCUGAAGAUAGAACCUUCUACUUGUUGAGAAAGCCUAGUGAAGAACUACCAGUUAGUGAAGUUAUCCAAGUGUCUGAAAAAUCUUACGAGUGGGUUGAGACAUUAAAAUCAGCUCUAAAAACUGCAGAAGCUGACCCAAGCAAGAAAAUAGUGUUGUUCGCUCAAGGAGAAGACACUAAUGGAAUUGUCGGUUUGGUUAAUUGUGUCAAACAAGAACCUGGUGGUAACAGUGUCAGAUCAGUCUUCAUUAAAGAUCCGGCUGCACCAAAAUUCUCUUUAACCGCUCCCCUGUAUGCGGCACAGUUGAAAAAAGAUUUAUUGAGCAAUGUUUUGAAGCCUAAUGGAGUGUGGGGUUCAAUGAGACAUUUGAAAUUAGAAAACCAACAGGAUAAGCCCUCGUUACAAGUAGAGCAUGCUUAUAUUAAUGCUUUGACAAGAGGAGAUUUGAGUAGUUUGAAAUGGAUUGAAGGACCCUUGACUUAUUACAAACCGGAAUACAACCCAAAUACUGAAUUGUGUACUGUUUACUACGCACCACUCAACUUCCGUGAUAUUAUGUUAGCAUCUGGAAAACUUCCUCCUGAUGCAUUGCCUGGUGAUUUGGCAGGACAAGACUGCAUUCUUGGACUUGAAUUCUCUGGUCGUAACUCCAAAGGUACAAGGGUGAUGGGUAUGCUUGCUGCUAGAGGAUUGGCCACAAGUGUUCUCGCUGAUCCUGGAUUCUUGUGGGAAGUACCUAGCAAAUGGACAUUGGAAGAAGCAUCUACUAUUCCCGUUGUUUACGGAACUGCCUACUAUGCUCUCUGUGUUAGAGGACGAAUGAAGCCAGGUAACUCAUUGUUAGUUCACGCUGGUACUGGAGGUGUAGGUCAAGCAGCUAUUGCUAUUGCUCUACAUAUGGGCGUUACCGUUUAUACUACUGUUGGUAGUAAACAAAAGAGAGAAUUCUUGAAAAAGACUUUCCCUAAGUUAACUGACAAAAAUAUUGCCAAUUCCCGUGACACGAGUUUUGAACAACAUGUAUUAAGAGAGACAAAAGGCCGUGGUGUAGAUCUUGUCCUGAAUUCGUUGUCAGAUGAUAAACUCCAAGCAUCUGUUCGUUGUCUAGCUAAAGAUGGUCGUUUCCUGGAAAUUGGUAAACUUGAUUUGUCCAACAACAGUCCACUAGGAAUGUCUGUUUUCUUGAAAAAUACUACAUUCCACGGAAUUCUAUUGGACUCUUUGUUUGAUGCCAAAUCCGAAAGCGAAGACAAGAAAGAAGUUGUAAGGUUGCUAAACGAGGGUAUAAAGAAUGGCGCAGUAAAUCCUCUACCAGCCACAGUAUUCACUGAAUCUCAAGUUGAGCAAGCGUUCAGAUAUAUUGGCUCUGGUAAACAUAUUGGAAAAGUAGUACUGAAAAUCAGAGACGAAGAAUCAACAGCAGUUGUUAAGCCUGCAACCAAACUAGUAACUUCAAUUCCACGGUCUUACAUGAACCCAGACAAAACAUAUGUGCUUGUUGGAGGUCUUGGAGGUUUUGGGUUGGAAUUAGCUAAUUGGUUGAUUGUCAGAGGAGCCAAAAACCUUGUUCUGACUGCUAGAAGUGGAAUCACCACUGGUUAUCAAGCUGCAUGCGUUAGCAAUUGGAAAGAAUCUGGUGUUAAUAUAUUGAUCUCCAAGGCAGAUUGUUCAACAUUAAAAGGAGCUCAACAAUUGAUUGAUGACAGUAACAAAUUGGGACCAGUUGGAGGUGUAUUCAACUUGGCUGCUGUAUUGAGAGAUGCAUUCUUAGAAAAUCAAACACCACAAGAUUUUGAAAUUGUGAGCAAACCCAAAGUAAUUGGUACUAAAAACUUAGACACAGUUACCAGGAAGUCUUGCCCCGAGCUCGAUCACUUUGUUGUGUUCUCAUCUGUAUCUUGUGGACGUGGUAAUGCUGGGCAAACCAACUAUGGUUUUGCUAAUUCUGUCAUGGAAAGAAUUUGUGAAGCUAGACAAGAAGCUGGUCUCCCAGGGUUGGCUAUUCAAUGGGGAGCUAUUGGAGAUGUUGGUCUUAUCAUGGAAACAAUGGGAGGAAAUGAAACAGUUGUUGGUGGUACGUUACCACAGCGUAUGGCUUCAUGUUUGAGUGCUUUUGAUGUAUUUUUGCAACAUCCACAACCUGUCUUGGCUUCUAUGGUAUUGGCUGAGAAAAGGAAGGGUGGUUCUGGUGGUGCCGGACAAGUGAGCCUAAUUGAAGCCGUUGCCAAUAUUCUUGGUAUCAAAGACACCAAAAAUAUCAACGCUGCAGCAACUCUAGCUGAUCUGGGUAUGGACUCCUUGAUGGGAGCUGAAAUUAAACAAACACUUGAAAGAAACUACGAUUUGGUGUUGAGUGUUGGAGAAAUCAGAACUUUAACUGUUAAGAGAUUAAAAGAAUUUCAAAGUGAUGGUAGUGAAGUUCCUGUAGAAACACCUAAUAGCGUGACUGCUGGAAACGAUCAGGUUGAAUUCAGUCAAAGUUUAGUUCCUCAAGAAACUGUUGUCAGUAUGAAGAAGGAAGAAAUUAGCAAGCCUAAUGUGUUUAUGUUUAGUGCAAUUGAAGGUUUUGUUUCAGCACUUGAAGAAGUAGCAUCUAAAUUACCUUAUAAUAUUUAUGGACUGCAAUGUACUGAAGAUGCUCCAACUGAUUCAAUGGCGUCUAUGGCCAAAUUCUUUGUAGCUAAAAUUAAAGGAAUCCAAAAGUCUGGGCCAUACAACCUCGUAGGAUACUCAUUUGGUGCAUCAGUUGCGUUUGAAACUGGUGUAGCACUAGAAGCUGCUGGUGACAAAGUUAGCCUUGUACUGUUGGAUGGUUCUCCAUCUUAUGUUUUGACGCAUCAAAAUGCAUUUAAAAACCGUCAUUCUGAUAACAAAGUAGAUGACAGGGAUGCUUUUGCAUACUUUGUAUUACUCUUCAAGGAAUUAGACUACCAAGUGGUCUUUGACCAAAUUGCCACUAAAACGACAAAAGAAGAACAACUAGAAGAGGCAGUGAAUAUCUUAUCUGAUUUACCCUUAAACAAAGAUGAACUGAAAACUGCAGCUAAACUGUUCCAUGGAAAACUGUUUGUUUCGUUCUACUACAAACCUGAACAGAAAUUCAAUGGAAGCGUCACCUUGGUUACAGCCAAAGACAAUUUUGUAUCCCUUGGACCUGACUAUGGACUUAAACCUCUUUGCAAGGGUUCUUUAAACAUUCAUUCUGUUUCGGGAGAUCACAGACAAAUAGUGAAAGGUGAAUCGGCCAACUCCGUGGCACAGAUAAUCUCUUCAUCAUUUCUGUCUAAGUAA